UGAAUGUCAUAGACGUUUAACUGUGGAGGGAGAAAUGUUUCUAUGUUCUGUCUGCUUCAAAGAUUUUAAAAUCAACGUAACCAUAAAAGGAUUGUGAUACACACACACACAAGGAGCAUAGCAGAAGAAACAUUUUCGAAAAUGUGUGAAUGAGAGUGUCACUGGCGACGCAGGCAGUGGGUAAAUAACGGCGGUAUGUACAGCCAAUCAGAGGAAGAAGGCACGCAGAUGGAUGGUGAGAGCGACCACUCAGAGGUCGCAGACCAACGAUGGACAUUUUAGCGGAACAAUCAGGAUGCGGGGGCGGGUGUAGCGACCACUUCCUCGACAGGGAAUGGGGAACUACGACGAGAGGUGGGCGGGACACAGCGAUGGGCAGACAAUCACACCAAUAGGAAAGCGGGGCGGGGAAGUCUAUUACUGUAGCCAUGGGAGAGAGCCAACGGGUGAAGUGGUUGGUCGGACCGUAACGACGAACGUGGGAAUCUAACCAAUCGGCAAGUGGAGGCGGUGUCGAAACUAUCAAUCGCUGAGAGUGAAUGGUCUUCAACCGAAGACGGACAGCGAAUGUGACCAAUCGAGUAUCAGGGGCGUCGCUGCAAACGGCGGCGGUCUAGCGAGAUAACCAAUCGGAAGGUGGUAGAUGGGCGGGACCUUAUGAUUGGCAGUAGAGCGGUCCAUUCGGAAAUCAGGUCGGGACGGGUGUUGAUGAUUGACGGUGCAGCCGGCCAAUAGGAAGCGAAGGCGCGAGCAGGGUCCAUUUUGAUGGUAAAAAGGUGACGAAGGUGAAAAAUGAGCGACAGAAAGACACAGUGAGAAGCUCCAGUGGUCAUAGCGACCGUUCACCCUCUCCACUCUCCUCACCCAGCAUGCCUUCCUGAUAGACCAGCCACCAUAAGAUUAUGGCAUCGCUGUAAGGAGCGGUACGACAGCUAAAACAUGUCUCGUUGUGGAAGACUCCCUUCAGGAGGGGGAGGGAACAGAAGCACGUCUCAGUGUUGAGGACUCCCUUCGCUGUGCUGUGUGACACUCUCCGCCCUGCUGAGUGAUUACUUUGUGAUGUCUGAAUAUCCUGCCGAUCGUCAGGAAAAGAUCUGCCUGUGCAUACAUGGAAUGUUGAAAACUUGUUCCAGGUCAUCACCGUUGGAAAGUUUUAAAUUCUCAGAUUUGAACACUAUUCAGUGUUGAAUAAUGAUGUGAAGGUAUGCAAAACGUCACCCAGGCACAACAUAAUGCCAUCUGUGCUCUCAAGACCAAUCAUUGUCAUCAACCCAGCAGACAAAGGAGGAGCCAUCGUCAUACAGAAUAGGACGGACUACUGCAAGGAAGUGUACUGACAGCUGAACAACCAGGAACACAGCAGAUAACUAUCUGCAGAUCCAACCAAAGAACACACCACCAACUGAACAGACUGAUCGAGACUUUUGAUCCAGUCCUUCAGACUACCCUUUGCCCUCUCAUCCCGUGUACUUCCCAUGUAGAGGACUUCUACUGCCUUCAAAAGAUACACAAAGCCAACACGUCCCAUCGUAUCAGGCAAUGGGACCCUGUGUGAGAAACUCUCUGGCUGUGUCGAGGGAAUCUUGAAAUCCAUCAUGCAGUGAACCCCCAGGUUCUGUCACAAAACUACAGAUUUCUUACAGAAACUCAGCACCCACGGACCGGCCGAGCCAGGAACCUUCCUCGUCACAGUGGACUUUGCAGCACUCUAAGCCAAUAUCCCCCACAAGGGCGGCAUCACUGCAACAGCCUCAGUACUCAAUACCACCAAUUGCCAAUUUCCAGAUGCUAUCCUACAACUCAUCCGCUUCAUCCUCGACCACAAUAUCUUCACCUUCGACAACCAGUUCUUCAUCCAGACACACAGAACAGCUCCCCAAUAUGCCAACAUUUUCAUGUACAGUUUCAAACAAGACUUCUUUGCUGAACAGAACCUCCAGAACUGUACACCAGAUAUAUUGACGACAUUUUCUUCCUUUAGACUCAAGGCAAGGAAUCACUAAAACAACUAUAUAGUGAUAUCAACAAGAUUCAUCCCACCAUCAGACUUGCCGUGGACUACUGUUCAGAAUCAGUCUCAUUCUUGGACACCUGCAUCUUCAUCAGGGAUGGACACCUCAUAUCCUCACUCUACCACAAGCCUAUGGAUAACCUCAUGAUGCUGAACUUCUCUAGCUUCCACUCUAAACAUAUUAGGCACCCCCUACGGACAAGCCCUAUGCAUACACAGGAUCUGUUCAGAUGAGGAGGAACAAGACAGACACCUGAAGGUGUUAAAGGAUGCCCUCAUAAGAACAGGAUACAUGCUCAACUCGUCGAUCACCAAUUCCGACAUACCACAGCAAUAAACCAUAACAACCUCCUCCAGAAGACAGACAUGGAAUACGUCCAAUUGGGUACCCUUUGUACUUCCCAGGAAUGGAGAAACUACGCAAUGUUCUUCACAGCAUUAAACACAUUACUGAUGACGAUGAGCACCUUCCCAAGAUCUUGUUCACGCCUCUACUUCACGCCUUCAAAAAUUGCCAAACAUUAUCACACCAUUGUUCGCAGCAAACUAUCCAGCCAUCAGGACAACAUCGAUCACAACACUAUACAACCCUGUCAUGACACCCUCUGUAAGACAUGACAGAUUUUCGAUAUGGACCCUACUAUCACGGAACACCACGCACAAUGUGCACGGCAGAUGCUCAUGUGACUCAGCCAACGUUGUCCAUCUCAUAAAGGGGAGGCGAAGGCCUAGUGGUAUUAUUGCUGGACUAGCAGUCCAGAGACCCAGAUAAUGUUCUGGGGACUUGGAAUCCCGCUAUGGCAGAUAGUGGAAUUUGAAUUCAAUAAAAUAUCUGCAGUUAAGAAUUUAAUGAUGACCGUGAAUCCAUUGUCGAUUGUCAGAAAAACCCAUCUGGUUCACUAGCGUCCUUUAGGGAAGGAAACUGCCAUCCUUAUCUGGUCUGGCCUACAUGUGACUCCAGACCCACAGCAAUGUGGUUGACUCUUAACUGCCCUCUGGGCAAUUUAGGUAUGGGCAAUAAAUGUUGCCUAGCCAGUGACGCCCUCAUCCCGUGAAUGAAUAAAGAAAAAAAAUCUCAUACAGUGCAGACAAUAAUGCCCUGAGGCAUGGCAUAUUGGUGAAACUGUGCAGACACUAUGACAGCAGAUGAAUGGACACCGCGCAACAAUCGUCAGACAGGGAUGUUCCCUCCCAUUGGGGGAGCACUUCAGCGGUCAAGGACAUUUGGCUUCAGAUCUUCGGUGAACGUCCUCCAAAGCAGACUUCGGGAUGCAGGGCGAGAUGAUGCCCUGCUGGUAUUAUCGCUGGAUUGUUAAUGCAGAGACCACUGCGAAGCCUCUUCUAAGGAUGCCUAACCUGAAGAAGUUACCCUCCUCCCUCCGGACAAACCUCAAGGGAUCUCUCUCCCACUGCAACUCUCUCGUAAUCUCUACGGCCCUGAAACUGCUCGACCACAUCCUGAAGCAAACCAGAUCGGGUUCGCAUUGUGCCAUGAUGGCGAGAGGGACCACAAUAUACUGCGCCAGUCAAACCGUUCUAUGGUCCACGAAAGGUUGGGGGAGUAUGUGGCGGACGGAAUUGUACAUGCGCUUGAGCAGAAGCAAUGUGCGCCAUCAAUUGAAGAGCUACACAGUUGGUUAUUGGCAACCCCUGGAGGACCGGAAGGUAGCUGGUCCUCCAGAUAAUCAGCGCUACUGCAAUGUCUGAAUGCGGAAGUUAGGCAAUAUGCUUCUGACGCUGCUCGUUUCUGCCUAGCAAGGUUGGUGCUACUACACUUCUGUCUCUGAAGACUCAGACUGAAACAUCGUCCUCUGCCAAUCAUCUGUGAGCAAUAGUACAAAGGGAGGAUUUGAACAAAGAAAUCUGGAUCUAAUGUCAUGUCAAGAUCUGAAUGUCAUAAACCUUUAACUAUGGAGGGAGAAAUAUUUCUCUGUUCUGUCUGCUUCGGAGGUUUAAAAAAUCAAUGUGACAGGAAAAGGAUUGUGAUACACACACACCCGAGUGAGUGUGUUUCAAUGCACCGACAGUGAAAAAAGCUUUAACCAGUUAAACAGCCUGAAAAGAAAAUUGAACAAUUCAUACCAGAGAGACACCAUUAACAUGUUUGGUGUGUGGACAAGGUUCAACUGAUUAUUAAACCUGAAGAGAGAAUGAGAACACUCUCAGCAUGAAUAAAUCCUGGAAAUGUGGCUACUGUGGGAAGGGAUUCCCUUCCCCGCCUGCACUUGAGAUUCAUGAGCGCAGACACACUGGGGAGAGGCCAUUCACCUGUUUUGUGUGUGAGAAAGGAUUCAGUGCUGUCUGUGAUCUGCUGACACACCAGAAGGCUCACACUGUGGAGCAGCCAUUCACCUCUGACUGUGGGAAGGGACUUACUGAUAUAUCCACCCCUCUGACACACAAGCGAGUUGAUAACCAGAAGAGGGUAUUCCCCUGCUCUGAGUGUGGGAAGAAAUUCACCAAUUCAACCAACCUGCUGAGACACAAGCGAGUUCACACUGGGGAGAGGCCAUUCACCUGCUCUCAGUGUGGGAAGGGAUUUUCUGAUUCACAUGCCGUGCUGCGACACGAACUGAUUCACACCGGGGAAAGACCGUUCGUCUGCUCUCAGUGUGGGAAGGGAUUCACGCAAAUAUCCUACCUGCAGAGACACCAGCGGGUUCACACAGGGGAGAAGCCAUUCACCUGCUCUCAGUGCGGGAAGGGAUUCACACAGUUAUCCAGCGUGCAGAGACAUAAGCGAGUUCACACCGGGGAGAGGCCGUACACUUGCUGUGAGUGUGGGAAAGGAUUUGCUCAGACGUCUGACUUGGUUAUUCACCAACGGAUUCACAACGGAGAGAGGCCGUUCACCUGCUCGCAGUGUGGGAAGGGCUUCACACAGUUAUCCAACCUGCAAUCACACCAGCGAGUUCACACCGGGGAGAGGCCAUAUACCUGCUCUGAGUGUGGGAAGAGGUUCACUCAUUUAUCCAACCUGCAGAAACACCAGCGAGUUCACACCGGGGAGAGGCCGUUCACCUGUUCUCAGUGUGGGAAGGGAUUCACGCAGUUAUCCAACCUGCAGAAACACCACCAGAUUCAUACCGAGGAGAGGGAAUUCCCCUGCUCUGAUUGUGGGAAGGGAUUCAGCAAUUCGGCCAACCUGCUGAGGCACAAGCGGGUUCACACUGGGGAGAGGCCAUACACUUGCUGUGAGUGUGGGAAACAAUUUGCUCAGUCGGCUGGCCUGGUUAUUCAUCAACGGAUUCACACUGGGGAGAGGCCAUUUACCUGCUCUCAGUGUGGGAAGGGAUUCUCUGAUUCGCACACCUUGCUGCAACACGAACGGAUUCACACUGGGGAGAGGCCUUUUAUCUGCUCUCAGUGUGGGAAGGGAUUCACGCAGGUAUCCAACCUGCAAGCGCAUCAGCGGGUUCACACUGGGGAGAGACCAUUCACCUGCUCUCAGUGUGGGAAGGGAUUCACGCAUUUAUCCAGCCUGCAAAUACACCAACGAGUUCACACUGGGGAGAGGCCAUUCACCUGCUCUCAGUGUGGGAAGGGAUUCUCUCGAUUAUCCAGCCUGCAGAAACACCAGCGAGUUCACACCGGGGAGCGGCCGUUCAACUGCUCUCAGUGCGGGAAGGGAUUCACACAGUUAUCCAACUUGCAGAGACACCAGAGAGUUCACACCAGGGAGAGACCAUUCACCUGCUCUCAGUGUGGGAAGGGAUUCACACAGUCACUGCACCUGCAAGCACACCAGCAAGUUCACACUGGGGAGAGGCCAUUCACCUGCUCUCAGUGUGGGAAGGAAUUCACAUGUUCAUCCCGCCUACAGAGACACCAGCGAGUUCACACCAGGGAGAGAUCAUUCAACUGCUCUCAGUGUGGGAAGGGAUUCACACAAUCAUCCCACCUGCAAGCACACCAGCGAGUUCACACUGGGGAGAGGCCAUUCACCUGCCCUCAGUGUGGGAAGGGAUUCACAUGCUCAUCCCACCUGCAGAGACACCAACGAGUUCACACCGGGGAGAAGUUGUUCACCUGCUCUCAGUGUGGUAAGGGAUUCUCUCAAUUAUCCAACCUGCAAGCUCACCAGCGGGUUCACACCGGGGAGAGGCCAUUCACCUGCUCUCAAUGUGGAAAGGGAUUCACUCACUUAUCCAACCUGCUGAGACACCAGCGAGUUCACACGGGGGAUAGGCCGUUCACCUGCUCUCAGUGUGGGAAGAGAUUCACACAGUUAUCCAACCUGCAGAAACACCAGCGACGUCACAAGUAACCGCAGGAGUGCGUUCUGCUGUUCGUGCUGCUGCUCAUCACAUUUCAGGAGUGAACCAUGUUCAUUCUGCCAGUGGAUGAAAUGGGAGUCUCAGAGGAUUUCUUUCUGCUGGACUGGCCACCCUCACCACUUGCGUCCAGUCAGGUGGAUUCUUCAAAUUUUAUAUGAAUCACUGAAUGAAGGGAAGAUUUGGAAGGUAGAAGUUUGUUAGUUUGCACUUCAUUUUCUCUAAUAUCGUGCUAUGUUGGCAUGGAGAUGGCAAUGUCUGGCAGUUGUUUCGUUUAAUUUCAUAACAAAGUAUUUUGAAAGGUUUGCAGUCUGGUUCUACACAGGUUUCCCGAUCAAAUGUGCCAGCCCAUUUACAACAGGCCUACACAGACGGCAACCAAAGUCAGGGAGACUCUUUGAAGGUCCAGCGGAAAUCACAAUGACUUCUGAGGUCGCAGUAGACAACAUCUCAUGGGAUAUGUUGGAUUUAAAUUUCCCAAUUGGUCCAGUGGCCUCCACCAAUUAGGAGGUCUCUUGUUGGGUACCUGACUGAAGAUAGUCUCCUUUUGUUACAUUUAUAAGACUUCUGACCCAGAGCACUGUGGAAAAGGGAAACAUUUACCGAGUUUGAUUUACAAAGUGGACCUAAUUCAACCGGAGUUUGACAAGUCCAUCUGUCUGUUAGCUCAUCUGCUAGCCAGGAGGACUUCAGCCACGCGAACGGAGCUGUUCAUUGGAUUAAAAGACGGAUUGAAAAGGUUAAAUAGGAUUCCAAAGCAAGGGGUCAUCAAAAAAAGCACAUCUUUUUCCACAUGAAUGUGUAGAGCAGCCAUGGGUCCCAUGGGAGCAGAACCAAGUGGAGGGAGAUUCAGCACAUUGAAAUGGAGGGGUGUGUGUGGUGAGAGUAAGGGGAUGAAAUCUCACGCCUGGGGAGAGUGACUGCGGAGAGCAAAGCCUGGGGGCAAUGGGAAUGGUGUGUGAGGCUGAAGACUUUGCAAGAAGUGAGGCUGAAGAUCUGUUCAAGAGUUCAGGACAAGUGACUUUUUUUUUUAAAUGUUCUAUUUAUCCAAUACCCAGUAGGCCUUAUGUACAGAAGGUGGUGAGACAUUGGAAUAAACAUUAACAGCAAGUGAGGGAGAGGGGAGGUGCAUUAACCUAGCGGACAAAAUUCAAGGUGCUAAAAGGGCAAUAAAACAGUCUGGCAAGAUAGUCUAACCUACCCUAAGGCAGGUCAGUCUUUGCCUGGAAUAGCUUCUUAUGUUCUUAAUUCACAUGGGAACUAGUCACAGAAGGCACCUGGAGAUGUGAAAAGUUGGCAUUUCAUUUGGAAUCGCUGAGGGGAAAAGAAGCUGGAAGAUUUGCUGAGCUCGGAGCUUGCACUAAAGAGGGAAGCUUCUGAGGAAACCAAUCCCCUCUAAUGCAUUUACCACGAGUGAAAAUAGAUGUGAAGGAUUAUGAAAUUUUUUUUUUUAGGAAAGUCACUCCAGAUGUCCAAGAAAGCCAAGGAAAAUCUUUGUUCAGAGUUGCUGGCUGAUAUCUUAUGAGGGAAAGAUUUGGACGUUUUUGAAAAAGUUCAUUGUGCACGUUAUUGUGGGGAAGUGUGUGUUGAAGGUAUUCGUCAGAGCACAACUGGAAUAUUGUAAACUGUUUUGGGCCCCUGAUUAAAGGAAAUAUAUACUGGCAUCGAAGGCCAUCCAGGGCAUGUUCAUUCGUCUGGUACCAUCUAUGGAUAGACUGUGAAGAGGAGACAAUAAAUAGGUUGGGCCUGCACUUGUUGGAACACAGAAGAAUGACAUGUUACCUGACUGAAAUAGAGAGGAUUGUUAGGGGAUUUAACAGAGUAGAUGUAUAAAGCUUGUUUCCCCUUGUUGGAGAGUCUAAGACCACAGUGCAUAAUCACAGAAUAUUGAGCCAUUUAUCUAAGGCAGGGAUGAGGAAUUUCUUCUCGAGUAGUGAUUGAGGAACUGUUAUCACCAAGGACUGUUGAGCCUGGAUUAUUAAGUAUUUUGAAGGCUGAUAUGGGCAGAUUUUUAGUCAUGAAGUCAUUCAAUGGUUAUAGGGAAAAGGCAGGGCCGUGGAGUUGAGGAUUUUCCAAUCAAUGGUGACCACAUUUAAUAGCUGACCAGACUUGAUGGGCUGAAUGGCCUACAUCUGCUCCUUUGUCUUAUUGUCUGUUGUUCAGAGUGAAUUGAAAUUGUUCUGUGAGAAUAGAGUCGAGAAAUGUAAGCUUUGUUUCUACAUUAAUCAUUUAAUACAGGGAAAUUAUUUUGUGGGCUGCUUCCACAAUCUUGGAGAGCCACAAUUUGGAAAUUACUCCUGUCCAUGACAACUCCUUGACAUUUGGAAUCCUGCUCAGCAUGGAACUGGUUGAAACACUAGAAAACUAAAAUAUUUAGCCCAAUAAUGAACUGCACAGAAGCUGCAGAACUACCUGCACAAUCUCAAAUUUAAAAUUUUCAAGAGAAUAGACAAAGGCAUUCGUAAUUGUGUUAAUAACAGCAGAUAUUUUUUGUCCCUGCCAUGCUGAAACAAUACAAAAUACAACAGGUAGAUAACCAUUUCCGAAAAGAGCAUUUUAUACCUCAGCAUGAUGUGGAAGAAUCAAAUUGUUUGAAAGAAAACUAAAAUUCCAAAUUGAGCAAGCUGUUGAUAUUAUUAAGAGUCAAACGGGGAUCACGAUAAAGAAAACCAGAAUUCAAACCAUCCCCUUGAACUUAAACAUGCAUUGGAAUAAUGCGACUAGUGAAGAUUGUAAGCAACCAUGCAAGAGUUGCAGGUCUUUGACAGAAAAAAAACUGUUUUUAUCCAGUCAGCUCUGACAACGUAGACAGUGGAACAUUUGCAGAGAGAAAGACUCUGGAAAUCUUAGGUAUCAGAAUGAGAAACUGGGGAGAAAUCAAAUUCCAGUGGGCUGUGGCAUACAUUUGAGUUGAUGUCUUUAGAAAGUGAAUGAACCUUCAAGACUUCAUGAGGUAAAAGUCCUUGGGUGGAAAAGUAAAAACUGAAUUCAAAACAUUACAUAGAUAUUUAUGAUUGUGUGAAGUUAGGAUACUUCUUCGUUUAACUUUUCAUUUACACAGUAAAGUUUGUUUUUGUUAAACAAUGUGAAA